AGGAGGAAGAUGAGAUAAAGCCACUCAGAUGGAGGCCAGUUCCACCAGCUUCAAGAGCCUCAAGUUUGGGAAGCUGAAGGUGGUACGUCGCCACUUGCUACAGAGGUAUGAGCACCAGCCCUUCAUCUCCUGCCUGGCUGGUUUCUACAGCUGCCGGUGGAAGCGGUACCAGCGCAGAAGGACUGAGCCUGGGAAAUGCUGCUGCAAGAUGCGGGAAUGCAUGUUUUUCCCAUUGCUCGUUGGAGCUUUCUGCUUUUCUCUGGUCUUUCUGUACAUGUGGGGCGAAGCAAAAAAUGACUACAACAACUUUGACUGGUAUAACUAUGGGAACCUGGGCUUCUGGUUUCUCUGGUCUCUUGUUCUCCUGAUUGUGGCCGCAAUCUUGUUCACAUACAUCUCACUGUUACUGGUCCUUGCGAUGUGUUUGCUUGCAGAAGGUCAGCAGCUGUACCUGCACUGGAGUCACAAGAUUGGUACUUUUCUUGUCCUGGGCUUCUCUAUCACAGCCCUCUUCAUAUUAUCUGUACUCUGGGGAGAUCAAUGGAAAACCGUCCGCUUGUCAUUCCAGAUCACAGCUCCCUAUCUCCACAUAGGGGCAAUCGCCAUCAUGGUCCUCUUGUCCUGGCCUGUGGCUCUUCAUGCCAUCAGAGCAGAUAAUAAAGUUAUUCAGGUGAUAAUCGUUGGUCCAUACCUGGCUAUCCUUCUCUUUCUUUUCUUGAUACCUCUGGGGAUGUACUCUCCUUGCAUCAGAGAGACGGGAACACUCGGACCAAAGCCAGCCCUCAUUGGACACCGUGGAGCACCAAUGCUGGCACCAGAAAACACUGAGAUGUCAUUUCAGAAGACAAUUGAGCAUGGUGGGGAUGGUCUUGAAACAGAUGUCACCAUUAGCUAUGAUGGAGUUCCUUUCCUCAUGCACGACAGCACCUUAAGGAGGACAACUAACAUCAAAGAGGUGUACCCCAAUGAUACUGCUCAAAAUGCUGCAUUAUUCUCCUGGAAUACCCUGCAGAAUUUGAAUGCUGGAACAUGGUUCCUUAAAGACAAACCAUUUGCAUGCAUGGGCUCACUGUCAAGGGCAGAUCAAAACCAGGCAAUGAAUCAGUCCAUUUACAAGCUAAGUAAUUUCUUGCACCUUGCAGACAGUCAGAAUAAACUUGUGAUAUUUGAUCUCUACCGCCCUCCAGAGAAACAUCCUUACAGGAACUCUUGGAUCAACAGAACCCUGGAAGUCAUUCUCAACGAGUCGGGGAUCAGACCCCAUCUGGUCCUAUGGCUGGAGAACAACAUGAGGUCCUUUGUUCAGUCUGUAGCUCCUGGCUUUCAGCAAACAGUGGGCAGUAAGGCCCCAGUUGAAGAUCUGUUAAUGGGCAAUAUUGUCAAACUCAAUCUGGCCUACACUGAAAUGUCCAGUGAAUAUAUCCGGGAAUGUGCUGAGAAAAACAUCACCACCAACCUCUAUGUGGUCAAUGAGCCAUGGCUUUUCUCCCUGGCGUGGUGCUCUGGGGCACACUCUGUGACCACCAAUGCUGUCCACACACUAAAGAAUCUCAGCCAGCCACUCUUCCUCAUGACCCCGCAGCAGUACAACAUUAUGUGGAUCCUGACAGAUCUGACCUCUGUGCUCCUCAUCUCACUCAUCUUUGCUCUGCACUGGUGGCGAGAGCGGAGUUUCUCCUGCUGUGCUCAUGACAGUGACCAGAUGAUAGAGAGUACCACCUACAACAAGUUCAGAACAGAGCUCAGUGACAUGCCUACCGCCCUGGCCUGA